AUGAUGCCAAUUUCGAUACCGCUAUGGCUGGCUUUUGUCGGCAUCGCCGGCCUAACCUUAUUGAUUCAUCAAAUCUUCCAAGUCGGACGAAGGCCGAAGAAUAUGCCCCCAGGGCCACCAACUUUGCCUAUAGCCGGCAACCUCCACCAAUUGCCGUCAAAGGAUGUGCACGUCAAGUUCAAGGAGUGGGCUGACGAAUAUGGGGAAAUCUAUUCCGUGAUGCUUGGUAACCAACGUAUGGUUGUCCUGAAUUCACCGCGAGUUGUCAAAGACUUGAUCGAUCAGCGAUCCAACAACUAUUCCUCACGACCUGAGAUGUAUGUCGGCCAGACACUGAUAUCGGGUGGUUACCGCCUGGUCCUCAUGCAAUACGAUGAAGGAUGGCGUCUAGCCCGCAAAAUGAUCCACAACCUUCUCAACAUCAAAACUGCCGUCGAAUAUAUUCCGUAUCAAGAACUCGAACUUCGGCAGAUGCUGGCAGACAUGAUAAAAAAGCCCAACAGAUAUCACGAUCAUGUCAGACGCUACAGCACGUCGUUGGUCACAAGCAUGACAUUUGGAUGGCGAAGUUUAGCUUUUAACGACCCGGAUGUUAAGCAAAUCUACGAGGGUUUCGAAGAAUUUGCUGUGGCGUCGCAGGUGUCUGCUUCGGUACUAGAUUACUUCCCGAUUUUGCGGCAUCUUCCCGACUUCAUCAAUCCUAGCAAGAAGAAGGGCAAGCAGCUUCACCAGGAAGAAAUAGCGUUGUACAAGAGCUAUGUGCUCAAAGUAAAAGAUAGAAUCACAAAAGGAAUUGCAAGCAAGAACUUCUGUGAAGACAUGUUCAAGUCACAGGAGAAAAUGGGGUUCUCAGAUGAUUGGGCAAGCUAUGUGAGCGGUACUCUUCUUGAAGCGGGAUCUGACACUACGGCCUCUAUCUUCCUCUCAUUCGCAGUGGCUAUGAUCAAUUUUCCAGAGGUCCAGAAGAAAGCCCAAGAAGAGAUUGACCGUGUGAUUGGGCCCGACAAACUGCCAACUAUGGCUGACGAGCCCAAUUUGCAAUACAUGCGUGGCGUUGUUAAAGAGUCGCUUCGAUUCCUGCCUUCAAGCAUCCUCGGCAUCGUUCCUCACGCAACGACCAAUGAAGACACAUACAAGGGAUACACGUUCCCAGCAAAGACUGGCAUGAUGAUCAAUGUGUGGGCCCUGAAUAACGACCCAGAAAGAUAUCCGAAUCCCCGAAAUUUUGACCCAGACAGGUAUAAGAAUGACUUUAUGCGCGCCCAGGAGAGUGCCAGCCAGAAUGAUCCUUACAAGCGCGAUCAUUUCACCUUUGGUGCUGGCCGGCGCGUAUGUCCAGGCCUAAAUAUAGCUGAGCGCUCGCUCUUCUUAGGUUUCACAUAUAUUCUGUGGGCGUUUACAUUUGAACAUGAUCUAGAUGAGAACGGCAACAGGAUCCCGGUAUCUACUGAAGCAGUCACUCAAGGGAUUGUGUGUCGACCUACACCAUUUGCGUACAGACUGAUAGAGAGAGACCCUGAACGGACUCUACGUGCCCUUAAGGCAUGGGAUAGUGCCAAGGAGCUUCUGGGGAAAUACCCUGAGGGUAUCAGAAGCACCCAGUACGCUAAGGAUUGGAAGGACUUUACCGCCCAGGAAAAGCUUUAG